AUGUUCAUAGCAAGUUACUUCGAUCGGAGGGACAAACUGCAGGAGAAGAAGGAGCACAAAGUACACAAUGAGGAAGGGAAAAGAAACAAAAUAGAAAAUGUUUUAAAAAACGCUUUACAUACAUAUAAGGGGAAAAACGAAACAACUCACAACAGGGAAGAAAAGGAGGAAAUUAAAAAAAUCCUGUUAGAAUUCCUAAAGAGGAAGCUAAAGAAAACAAAAAGGAGAAGUAUCAUUAAACCGCCUUCCCCAGAUUAUUAUCAACAUAGUAGUAGCUACCGUCCUGAAGAGGAGAAUUCAAAUUGUGGAAAGCAUGAUUCGCCUGAUGAAUUCACAAGUGAUAGCGAAAUAGAACCCACGAUAAAGGAAAAUAAAAAUUUAAAACAUUGCGCACAAAAAAUAACUCUACUAAAUACCAUCUUAACAUAUGACAAGUUAAAAGAUAUGAAUAUACAAGAGGUCUAUAGAACAAUCGACACGUAUAUUGAUGAGAGUCAACGCGAAAUUAAAGAAAUAAAUGGAAAAUUGGAAAAGAGUGCCGAGAAGGAAUUAAGGAUAGGGAGGGAAAAUCUGUCCAAUUUGUGCUCAAUCAAAAAGGAGUUAGCAAAAAAUAAAAUUUUACAAACAGAAACGGAAGGAAGCUCUAAUGCUAUUGAACAUAUGAUAAGCGAAAUGAAAAUGAUACAAAAAUUAACCAAGCAAAAAGAGUACAUUGUAAUCUUAAAAAAUAGCUUAAUCAGACUUGAUUACGCAAAGAAAUGUGCAGUCAGCAGAAAUUACGACGAAACGUUGAGUAUCAUUUUAGACAUUACCAGGAAAUUUCACUCAUUUAAAAAAAACGGUAAGGAACAAAUUGCGAAGGGGAUUCAAUUUUUUCUACCCAUACUAACAGAAUAUUACAUGAGUAGAACUCAGUUUUUACUCUCUAGCAUUUCGUGGGGUAAUAACAUUUCCAAUGUCUUAACCAACGCACUGGAGCAACUCCUAAACGAUUUUGCCGAUGGUGAUGAUGAGUACUCGUUUAAUGCUGAACAGGAGUUCCCCAUCUUCGCGGAGAAACGACCGUCGGCAGGUGGAACACCCCACGAGUAUACCACUGAAGGGAAUGGUAAUGACACCGCUUUAUCGAAUAACCAUAGUGAGGACAAAGCCAAAAUGCUCCAGGAAAAAAUCAAAAGUGCCGUCAUCUUCAACAGCACGUACAUUUCACUCCUCGAGAAGGAAAGCCACGAAUUUGUACACACACUAAUUAGCUGGAAUUUGAUGCAAAGAAUUGACGACUAUUUAAAGGGCCAAAAAAAUAGGGCAGAUAAUUUUUCUCAUCAUAGAUGUGACUGCCCCGUGAAAUUUAUCGACCAAAUGGCUAACUCCAUAAUCACAUUUUUUAGAUCAUUUUUCCAAAAUGAGAAAAGCCCUCUAUUCAAAAUUGACAAACCGGAGUGGGGACUAAAGUACCUGUUUUACCAGUCCGUGAUUAGCAACACUAUAUUGAAAAUGUUCCUCAAGUUUGUCCAUGAGGGGGACUUUGAGGGAAGCGUGGUGAUGGGCCAGGCGUUGCACGACGUGCUGGGUUGCAGUGGUGAAGGUGGCAAUGAAGGUAGCUGCGAGAGGAGCAAUGAACAUACCGAUGAGCACCGUGGCAGCCGCUCCAGUGAAGACCCUUCAAUGGCUCAACGGCGAAGCCUCACACAGGAUUCCUCUCCCCCAUCAGGAGGCGGCUACGGCACCUCUGAGGACAGCCAACACGAUGAAGACAAGAUAGACAUAAAAAGACUUUACAGGACCUACAGCAUGAUGAGCAGCGAGAAGAAGGAGCACAUCCUAUACGACAUAACGAAUUGCGAACAAGUGAUAAGGAAGCUAAAUUUUAGAAUAAUCACCGAGUGCAGGUUGUACAUACUGAGUCGAUGUGCCUACUUCAUUCAGCUGUACCAUGUGGAAGAAAAUAAGAGUGAAAUAAAAAAGGCAUUUUUAAAUUUCAUACACAACGUUCUCAUGCUGUAUAAAAAAUGGAUGCUAUAUGACGAGAUCAACUGCAAGCAUUUGCUGGACGACUUUCUGAAUAACACUUUUGUGCGAGUGUUAGAUGUGGAAAAGUUCGCACCCGGUGCGCAAAAAAAAGAGAGCAGCAGCGGCGGCAGCCAAGACGCAGAUGCAGGUUUAGUUACAAGUUCAGCUACUGAUGUAGCUACCGGUGAAGUUACCGGUACAGUUGCAUACGAAUCCAACGAGCGCAACAUACAGGAACUGCUCAAAUCAAGAACGGAAGAGCCGAACGAGGUGAAAGGGGUUUACAUGAGAAACUUCUUUCUACUAAUCGAAAAGGACUUCCUUGUUGAUAUUUUGAAGGACAUGGCCACCAACAACUGUUGCGUGAAGUUGAAGAACAAAAUCAUUCUCGAGGAGGCUGACUGCGUUAGUGAGUAUGUCCACAUUUUUAUAGAGUUGCUGAAAAAGGUCACAAAGCGAAUGGCUCUGUUUCAUCACGCCGAGGGGGGGGGAGGUGAACCCCAGGAUGGAAGCUACACUGCCCGCUGCGACCGCUUUGUGGAAGAGUACCUCCACCAGGUGGUGAAGGAGCUACUUCUCAUUGUCAAGGACGAAUUUAGACACCACUGGAACAGCAUAAACGAUCUGAUAGGGGAAUGCAGCAAGACGUGUCUACUCUACGUAUCCUUCUGCUCGAUAAACAAAUUCCUCGCCAUUUUCCAAAACAAGAAAUAUUUGAAAGAAACCAUUUCCAGCUUCAAUCAACUGGAAAAAAAAAUGAUGAAUAAUUUCCUAGACGCAUUUUACCAUUUUAUUUCUAUCAGAAUGUAUAAUUUAUUCUCAACGAAUAAUAUUUUUCAUGAGUACAUCCUGAGCAAUCUUUUUAAGAUGAAAAAAUGCCUCCCAGAUGAUCUAUUUCAAAAUUUGUGCAGCAAGAUAUUGCAGAAAUUAGACUCCAAAAUUUUAUCUUUCCUGAUGAACCAAAGAAAUACAUAUUUACACAACGAAUGUAUAUUCAAUACAUUUAUUAGUAAUGCUUCUUUGAUUCUGCAUCAACUGGACGACCUUCACAUGAAGACAGAGGGUGGUGAUGGUGAGACUUGCCCCAUGCCACGUUUAGAAGAAAUUGUCCACCUGAUGACAGAUGAUGUAGAUAUUUUGAAGAAAAGAAUUCAUCAACUUAAAAGCAAUUAUAAUUUGUUGAUAUAUAAUCGUAAUAAGAAUUGGCUAGUUCAGGUCACCAAAAUUACCAAUGCACUUUUGCGAGACGAUGAUGAAGAGGAUUCCAGUGAUGAGCACGCGCCACUUCAUUCCCUUCGUGGAAAGGAGGAUGCAAAUAAGGCUUGCAAAAUUUCGCUGAAAAAAAUCAAAGCGCUCCUUUUGAAGCGGCCGGACAUAAGGCAAAUUGCGGAGAAGUCCAUCGUCAUUCAGGAGUUCAUCCAAGUGUAG